AUGAAAACGUUUCUUUCAAAGCCUUCUUCUCAACAUUUCAAAAGACUCGUCUCAAAGAGUUCCAAGCCACCUGUGUUAUUCUCGUCGGAGGCUUUUCCAAGAUUUUUCCACCAAUCCAUUUCAACAACUUUGUUUCCAUCCUCACCAACGGAUUUCAUCCGAGAUAUCAAAACAAGAGGAGUACUUAAUGAUGCCACAUCUGGUUUUGAACAAUUAGUGAAUGAAAUGGCAAAUGGCCAGCCAGGUAAUCAAAAGAAACCCAUUGGAAUUUAUGCUGGGUUUGAUCCGACAGCAUCCGGACUACAUGUAGGAAAUUUGUUGGUUUUACAAACUUUAAAGAGAUUUCAAAAAGCUUUUGAGCCAAACAAGGUACAUAUUUAUUGUCUCGUUGGUGGUGCAACAGGAAGAAUUGGAGAUCCAAGUGGCAGGAAAACAGAAAGGCCACUUCUAGAUGAGGACAUAAUUUCUGGCAAUAUUGAAGGAUUGAAAAGAGAAAUGAACGCCUUUUUUUCGUCAGAAAAUACCAGCAAUGUUACGGUCGUUAAUAACGCAGAUUGGUUAGGAGAAAUGAAGAUGAUUGACCUGUUAAGAAAUGUUGGUAAAUAUUUCCAAAUCACAAACAUGCUCAGAUUAGAGAGUGUGAAGUCUAGAUUGGAAAAUGCUGAUGCUGAAAAUGCAGGAAUGACAUUUACUGAAUUUUCUUACAGUUUAUUUCAAAGCUAUGAUUUCUAUUAUCUAUUUAAUUCAAAUAAUGUGAGACUUCAGAUUGGAGGCUCUGACCAAUGGGGAAACAUCACAAGUGGACUGGAGUUUAUCAAGAAAAAGCAGACAAUGAAUCCUGAGAUGUCCCAAAUAUCAUGCAGUGGAAUGACGAUACCGUUGCUCACAACUGCAGACGGAGUAAAAUUUGGCAAAUCAAUGGGAAAUGCUGUUUGGUUAAAUCCUGAAAUGACAUCACCAUUUGAUUUUUACCAGUACUUUAUGAGAGUUCAGGAUGCAGAUGUUGAAAAACUUUUGAAAGUGUUGACAUUUGUUUCUGUAGAUGGAAUUGAGCAAAUAAUGAAUGAGCACAAAAAACAACCGGAGAAGAGAAUUGCCCAACAAAUACUAGCCGACCAACUGACUCAACAAAUUCAUGGCACGGAUCAGUUGGAGUGUGUUAAGAAAUGUUCUCAGUUGCUUUAUGGAUCCGGAAGUGAAGAAGAGGCGUUAAAUAUACUCAGGAGUCUGUCUAAGAAAGAAAUAUCAACGUUAAUGAAGGAUUCCCCUAGCUCCCAACUGCCUCGUUCAGAACUUCUUUCUAAAUCCAUAGUUGACAUUGCGGUGUCACUUAAGCUUGGUCCAUCCAAGGCUGAACUGAGCAAGCUGAUCAAAAAUGGAGGAUUUUACAUUAAUUACAAAAGACAACAAGAUCCCAAGUACAUUUUAACAAGCGAUGAUUUUGUAGCUGGAGGAGGCACGAUUGCUGUUUUACGGCUUGGAAAAAAGAAUUUUCAAAUCAUUGAAGCCGUUUAA